GUAUCUGUCAGUGGAGUGAACAGGUCCAACAGGAUGUUAGUUUGCACAGAGUGUUUGGCUACUUUACUGCAACUAGUUUAUGUUGGAGGGAGCGCAGACACAUCUUCAGAAGAAGACUUAGACGUUAUGUUUUGCAUUUUUCCGUUUAAGUUUUGUAAAUGUGUAGAAAUGGAGGAUAUCUUUCUCUGAUGACCAAGUAGAGAAGACACCUGUGCAGACACACCUGGAGGACAUCUGGCAGUCAUGGAGUCCGGUCAGCCUAGUCUGUGUUCAGUGGACAGUCAGUCCAGCCUGUCUUCAGAUGAGCUGCCUGAGGUCUACAUUGAGCCACACUAUAAAGAGUCCCACCGCCUGGCCAUUUACGCUCUGCUGUGUGGAGGCAGAGAGGCCUACGAGGAGUAUGUCCGAGCUGAGCACAGCAACCACUUUCUGUCGGAGCAGGAGAUUCUCUUCAUCCUGGAGAAAGCAGAAAAACCAGUCGUGGAGGUUGAUUCAGAAGGCACAGGCAAGGUGACAAACCCUUCCACCUAUUUCCCACUGGAGUCAGACGAGGAAGUUCCUGACCUGGAGCUGGGGUGGCCAGAGGUCAGUCUGAAAGAUGCAGAAACCAACAUCAGCCUGUUGUACCACCCGCCCAGACCCAACACGCCAACCAUUAAAGAGGUGCUGAGGAAGCAGAUUCUAGAAGCUCGUCAGGUUAUUGCCAUAGCAAUGGAUGUCUUCACCGAUGUGGACCUUUUUCUGGGGAUCAUGUGUGCGGCACAGAGAGGAGUGGCUGUCUACAUCCUGCUGGAUGAGUCCCAUGUCAACAGCUUCCUCCACAUGGCUCACAAGCUGGGUGUUAACCUGCAUGACACAAAGAACGUUUGUGUUCGGACAGUUCGUGGGCCACAGUAUCAGUGUCGGUCAGGGAUGAAAUUUCAUGGAAGUUUAGAACAAAAGUUUAUUCUGGUUGACUGCCAGACGGUCCUGUACGGAACCUACAG